AUGGCGGGUCAGGCAUCAUUGUCAGAUUAUGGGAUUAAUUCAGCAAACAACGACAGGGACUACGAACAAAACGCAAUGUUCCAGAGCUUAGAACAACCGCUAGGAAAUCUCUCAAAUUAUGCCGCCAAGCCUGUGGAUUAUGAUGGCAAAGUCCGUAAAGGAAUUUUGAUUUUCGAUGCUGAUUUUGAAAGUGGAAAUCUUGGCCGAGUUGAUGCAAUCACUGGUUUUGAGUACGAUCUGUUUGUCCGCCCCGACACUUGCAACUCGAGAUUUCGAAUGUGGUUUAAUUUUACGGUAAAGAAUGCGUCAUCGUACCAACGCGUCAUCUUCAACAUAGUGAACUUCAGCAAAACAAAAAGUCUCUAUCGUGAUGGUAUGAGUCCCGUCGUCAAAUCAUCGAGUCGCCCAAAAUGGCAGAGAAUUCCAUCGAAAAAUGUGUUCUAUUACCGUUGCCCUGAUCAUAGGAAAAAUUACGUCAUGUCUUUUGCGUUUUGCUUCGAUCGAAGCGACGAAAUCUAUCAGUUUGCUUAUUGUUAUACCUACUCGUAUACAAGACUGCAGAAGUAUCUGAACCAAUUGCAAAAUCGUGGUGUUGACUUUUUUCGUCGCGAGCAGUUGUGCCUUUCUGUUCAAAAAAGAAAGGUUGAACUGUUGACGAUCACGUCAAAGGGUAGUGGUUUUGGUGGACGGAAGAGAAUCGUGUUUCUCACGGCCAGAGUUCAUCCAGGUGAAACGCCAUCCUCCUUCGUUUGUCAGGGAAUCAUCGAUUUUCUGGUCAGCGCACAUCCCAUAGCGCGCAUGCUUCGUGACAACAUUGUGUUCAAGAUCAUACCUAUGUUGAAUCCUGACGGAGUCGUCUUGGGUAACUAUCGUUCGUCCUUAUUGGGUUUCGAUUUGAAUCGUCACUGGAAUGAGCCCACGGCAUGGGCGCAUCCUAGCAUAGCAGCUGCCAAAAACCUAAUACUUGGUUUAGAUGAAGUCUCGAACGUUGAUUUUUAUGACAUCCAUGCUCACUCGACUUUAAAUAAUAGCUUCAUGUAUGGUAAUUUGUAUGACGACGAGCAGAGAUUGGAAAGGCAAAUGGUCUUUCCAAGACUUCUAUUCAACAAUGCUGGAGAUUUCUCGCUGUCAAACACGUCACUAAAUCGCGAUGCCGCGAAGGCGGGGACUGGGCGCCGGUAUCUGGGAAACAGCCUUAAUACGGCUGCUCACUGCUAUACUCUGGAAGUUUCGUUUGCUGGCUACGUCACCGGAUAUGGUCAGGUGACACGACCAUACACAGAUGACAUGUAUCACAGACUCGGAAGGCAGGUGGCGAAGACCUUUUUUGACUUUUACAAAUUGAAUCCAUCGGUUUUGAACGCGUGUUUGAACAGUUCCUGCGAGGAAAAGUCCACGAAACACGUUAUGGAAGACAAGUGUAAAUUUUUCUCGUCGGAGGAUAAAGAAGAGGGGAGUGGGAAUGAGUCGAAUGAUUUACACGAACAACAGCGAAACUCGGAUUCUUCAAUCGAUUCACGCAUAUCUGCUUCGUUUAGAUUAACGCAUCGAGAAACGAAGUGAAGAUCGAGGUCUUUGC